ACCGCGCCCGCACCCUCAGUUUGCGAUCGCGCGUUGCCAACGACACACGUAAUUACGGCUCCCACAAGCCGCUACACACGACGCGCGCGUUUCGAACGUAGUGCACUCCCGCGACCGGUUCCUUUGCCGAUGAGCAACCAGUGACAUCUCGAUUGUUGUGCUGUGUGACUUGAGUGAAACGCUCAGUGCAAACUUGUGCGAGUGAUGGAUUACUGCGGAUCUGUAAAGUGCUGACGACCGGCGGGCCUUGGACCCGACAUAUAUGCCCCGGCGCCGCUAGCCCGGCCGCGCCAGCAUGCGCGCCCCCGCGGUGCUCAUCGCCCUGCUAGGGUUUCUACCCCAGGUGCUGACGUCUGGUUCCUUCGAACUUAGGAUAAAAAGUUUUACAAACUCACUGGGUAGGUUAAGUAGUGGGCAGUGCUGUGAUGGUUCCUCAAGUAGUGAUGCGCCUUGUUUGGCGCCGUGCAGGACUAAAUUCCGCGUGUGCCUCAAGAUUUAUCAAGCUAAUAUCGAUACAACGUCACCGUGUACGUUCGGUGACAUUACAACACCAGUGUUGGGUGGAAAUUCAUUGGAUGUUCCCAACCUCAACGUGGAAGGAUUUAGUAAUCCCAUCGUGUUUCCCUUCGAUUUCACGUGGCCGGGUACAUUCUCGCUUAUAGUGGAAGCGUGGCACGACACGAAUGAUACGUCGAGAUCUGACGAUACCCUGAUCGCGCGGAUGACGAAGCAGAGCAUAGCGGAUGUCGGCGGGCCCUGGGUGGAGGAAGACCAGCGGUGGGGCGGCUCCGAAGGGGCCCACCUCAGGUUGUCCUACCGGGUGACCUGCGCGGCGCACUACUACGGAGCUGGCUGUGAAGUCCUGUGUCGGCCGAGGGACGAUGGUUUCGGACAUUACCGGUGUUCCCCCGCGGGAGAGAUCGUCUGUCUCCCGGGCUGGACUGGGGAUUACUGCUCCAAACCGAAAUGCCUUCCCGGCUGCGACUCUGAGCACGGCUACUGCCUCAAGCCCGACGAAUGCAUGUGCCAUUCGGGCUGGGUGGGCGAGCUGUGUGACCAGUGUGAGCGACAUCCUGGCUGCGUCCACGGCACCUGCACGAAGCCUUGGGACUGUAGCUGUGAGGAGGGCUGGGGCGGUUUGUUCUGCAACCAAGACCUCAACUACUGCACCAACCACAGGCCUUGCAGAAACGGCGGCACUUGCCACAACACCGGCCAAGGCAGCUACACCUGCGUCUGUCCCCCGGACUACACCGGCUCUGACUGCGAGAAAUCCCUUCAUUCCUGUGCCGUGAGAGAGUGCCUUAACGGCGGCGCGUGCGUCCCUGAUGAGAGCGGAGAACUAGCCUGUGCCUGUCCAUCAGGAUAUGAAGGCGCCCGUUGCGAAUCACGGAGACUAACCUGCGCCGACCAACCUUGCCGAAACGGCGGAACUUGUGAGCCCAGAGCCUCUGGAUAUCAAUGCGUUUGUCCUGCUGGAUAUGCCGGAGUCGACUGCGAGAUUGAGGCUGAUCCUUGCGCCGCGAAUCCUUGUAGAAACGGAGCGACCUGCACCCGAGCUGGAGAUGGGUUCCGAUGCACCUGCAGACCUGGCUUCCGCGGCAACCGCUGCGACAUCGACAUCGAUGACUGCAUGGGCAUCGUCUGCGAGCACGGAGGUACCUGCGUCGACCUCGUCAACGGACAACGCUGUCAAUGCGCUCCCGGAUUCUUGGGCCCUCGAUGCGAGACCAGAGUCGACUUAUGUCUUGCAAAACCUUGCGCAAAUGGAGGCGAAUGCAUGGUCCUUGACAACGAUUAUGAAUGUAGAUGUAGACCCGGUUUCGCUGGCAAAGACUGUUCCAUCGACGUAGAUGAGUGCGCGUCCUCCCCUUGUAGAAACGGAGGUACCUGUCGAGACAGAGUGGACGGGUACCACUGCACUUGUGCGCCAGGAUGGGGCGGCAAAUCCUGCACAGUUCUGUUAGCAGAUUUAGUUCUUAAACCGGCGGGAGGACAUUUGAAGCGAGUGGGAGAUGACUUACAAGAAGAUGAGAGUUUAUCGGGGAAGCACGUGGCGUUAAUAGCAGCUUUGUCUGUAGCGGUGCCGAUUGUGGCGUUGAUCGCCGGGGUGGCCGUGGCUUGUGUCAGGAGGAGGAGAAAACGGCUGCAGAACGUGGCUGAUGCCGAGGCGAGGGCACAGAACGCGGCGAACGCGGGGGGCGGGGGGAGGGUAAUAAGGAACACUUGGGGGAAGUGUGAGGGGCCGGUGGCGGAGUGCCAGAACGCGCACAACGCGGCGGCCGAGGAGUGCAAGAAGAAGACUCUGAACACGGAGUCGGCGGCGCGGCUGCUGGCGGCGCUCGACCCGCGGUUAUCGCGGCUCUCCAGCGACUCCGCGUAUUGCGCCAAUAGUGAUACGUCUCUAGUGAAACGAGCGUUAGAAGGCGGAGGGGUGUACGUGUUAGAUGAUCAUUGCUUGCCGCCGACGUAUGCGACGCAAGUGUAGUUAUUGCCGCCCGGCAUUGGACGUUAAAUUAUUUAUUCACAACGGACGCUUGUGCGAAAAAGGCUGUGCGCCGCGUGUAUAUAUAGCGUAAAAUGUAAAGUGACACUGUAUAAACGGCUAGUUUUAAGGAUUCGGAUGUAUUUAUUUGUGAGGGCGAUUCGUAAGCCAUUGUAAAUAGUAUCGGCGGAACGGAUCGCGUUUUUCCGCCCCUAAUCGGCGAGUGUCGCCCGAAUUCACUGCCAGACUGAUAGGAUAGCGCGCGUGUACAACACCCUUAAAACAGGCAACAAUCGCCGCCAGUGAGAUGUCUCACGGAACCCAAAAACUUGAGGAUACUUGACUGAGAAUUUCUGCUAAAUCCUAAACUAUUCAAUCUGAAUUUGGAACUUUUAUUCUUUAUACAACCUUGAUUAACAUUUUACAAUCACAAUAAUAAAAAUCAAUUCGAAAUUCUUUUUCUAGUUGUUCUCUGCGACGUUGAGUGUUUCGUGAGCGAAUUUAUGGGUGUUUUACACACGUUUGGGUAUGUAGGUAUGCGGGUGAGGACCGCGCGCGCCGAGGGGCCGAGUGGACUCGUCCACUGUCUGCGAUCUCUGUAGGUAACCGUGACAGCGAGCGCAGUGUCGGUCCACUGCGCGCCGCUUGCGUCGCCGGGGCGAUACUGAUCGAACAUACCACGCCAUCUAUAAUCAUGCAAAACAUAAACUCAAUAUGCCAGUACCUCCAGCGCUCAGUAUCGUCCCGCGAACCACUCACUAAUUAUCCCUCUAGACUCGCACCAGUAAGAAGCCAAACCGUGCGUAAAUUAAGAAUUUUAGACUAAUUUAUAAAAAACGCGAAUGAUGCGUCAUCAGUUUUUACAUUGAUUUUUGUGAUUGACUAAUUAAUGUCAUUUGUUCCUAUGAUUAUUAUAGUGAAAGUGUUCUAAUUAAAAAAUCUUGUUCAGGUUUUCUUGAAAAUCGACGUAGAUUUUUUCUUUCAUUAAGCUUCCGUUCUGGAGUAGAUCAGUUAGCACAGUAACAUACGUUCCUCUUGGCAGGAAGCCAUUUCUACCGCCUCCUCGAAGCGGCAGACAUGGUUCUCUGAUCAUAUGUUAUAACAUCACGCACGUAAUUAGUCCAUAGGUUAUAAUAAAUUCAGUACUUAUAAGAAACAAAUUGUCGAAACCUAAGUCAUUGUGUAUAAAAACUUAUUAAGUUUUAGAUUUGUAAGAAUAUUCUCCAUUACUUGCAUAAGAGUACUGUGACAAUAUAUAACUGACAUUAGGCAACAUAAGACACGAUAUGAUAUUUGAGCUUGUUUUAACUUAUUUAUUUUAAUAGGUACAGUUCUUGAAUAUGUUGUUUAUAUAGGUCUGCCUCGGUCUGGGGCAUGCUCCUCUCGAAGCUUGCUUCAGACUGACGUGACUGCCUUUAUGAAAUAAUUUAUGUUAAAUUACACUCUUGUAAAACAUGUAGAUAUUAUUUGGUAAGUGAUAGGCGUUACAUCUUAUGUUGCCUCUUGUUCUGAAUCGUAGAGUAAAAUGGUAAAUCGACAAAAAUAAAAAUUUAUAUCAAACUAUGAUAGACUGAUGAUCAAUAAUAAUUCUUGUAUUUAAUUUUGUAAGAUGACAAAAUGUAUGUUAAAUUAUGUGAAAAUAGAAUCGCUACCUUAACAAUUGUACUAAAAUAGUAACAUAAUUUUGUACUUAAAUUGAUCACAGUGAAGCAACCUUUCAUUUUUCUUUUUGAGAAGAUUUUUUAUUAUUAUAAAUUAGUAUUUUGUACGCCGAUUCCUUCUCGACCAAUAAAAUGACAGUAUUUUUAAUUUAUUUAUUGCAACUAUGAAUAUAGUUUCCUUAUGUUUUAAUAUACAAUCAAUGUUUAAUUAUUUUUUGAGCGUUUACAAUUGACUGAAGCGAAAUUGCCUUCUUGAUUAUUUUGGACACAUUUUACAAGAAUCAGUGAUGUAUUGUAUGAUUUGUGGGUAUACUGAAAGAAAAAUUCAAAUCAUUCCAUUUCUUAUAUAGUGUAGCUUAUCUUAAAACUCUUAAUUUUAAUCUGUCUAUUUUCUUAUUGUUUAUUAUGCAUGUAAGCGGUAAUUUGAUCUAUACUAUAUUUCGUCAUGUGACAAGUACAAUUCUCUCUUCUAUAUGCACCUUUUAGUAUAUUCACAUUUUUAGUUUCAAAAGAAAAAUGAAAGAAGUCCUCAAUAGUAGGAGAUACUAAUAAUUCCAUAGAUGUAUUAUGUCAGGUUGAGUCAUAGCAGUGAGCCCUCCCUGCGCAGGAGUGGAUCGCCGGCGUGUUUGUGACGAAUGUGUAAUUAUGUGCAGUGAUGCAAGAAAUAAAAUGUUAAUAAACAAUUGUUUACAAAAGAUUAA